AUGCGGGGCUCGGGGCCCCGGGGCGCGGGACGCCGGCGGGCCCCCAGCACCCCCGCGUCCCUGGCCGGCUGCUCCUCCGCACCUCGCAGGGCGCCCCUCUGGACCUGCCUUCUCCUGUGCGCCGCGCUCCGGACCCUCCUGGCCAGCCCCAGCAACGAAGUGAAUUUGUUGGAUUCACGGACUGUCAUGGGGGACUUGGGAUGGAUUGCUUUUCCAAAAAAUGGGUGGGAAGAGAUUGGUGAAGUUGAUGAAAAUUAUGCCCCUAUCCACACAUACCAAGUAUGCAAAGUUAUGGAACAGAACCAGAAUAACUGGCUUUUGACCAGUUGGAUCUCCAACGAAGGUGCUUCGAGAAUCUUCAUAGAACUCAAGUUUACUCUGCGGGACUGCAACAGUCUUCCUGGAGGGCUGGGGACCUGUAAGGAGACUUUCAACAUGUAUUACUUUGAGUCAGAUAACGAGAAUGGGAGAAACAUCAAGGAAAACCAGUACAUCAAAAUUGAUACCAUUGCUGCCGAUGAAAGCUUUACAGAACUUGAUCUUGGUGACCGUGUCAUGAAACUGAAUACAGAGGUCAGGGAUGUAGGACCUCUAAGCAAAAAGGGAUUUUAUCUCGCUUUUCAAGAUGUGGGUGCUUGCAUUGCUCUUGUUUCAGUGCGAGUGUAUUAUAAAAAAUGCCCUUCUGUGGUACGACAUUUAGCUGUCUUCCCUGACACAAUUACUGGAGCUGAUUCUUCACAGUUACUUGAAGUGGCAGGCUCCUGUGUCAACCAUUCGGUGACAGAUGAACCACCCAAAAUGCACUGCAGCGCUGAAGGGGAGUGGCUGGUCCCCAUUGGGAAAUGCAUGUGCAAGGCCGGAUACGAAGAGAAAAACGGCACCUGUCAAGUGUGCAGACCUGGGUUCUUCAAAGCCUCACCUCACAGCCAGAGCUGCAGCAAAUGUCCACCUCACAGUUACACCCAUGAGGAAGCUUCAACCUCUUGUGUCUGUGAAAAGGAUUAUUUCAGGAGGGAAUCUGAUCCACCCACAAUGGCAUGCACAAGACCCCCCUCAGCUCCUCGGAAUGCCAUCUCAAAUGUUAAUGAAACUAGUGUCUUUCUGGAAUGGAUUCCUCCUGCUGACACUGGUGGAAGGAAAGAUGUGUCAUAUUAUAUUGCAUGCAAGAAGUGCAACUCCCAUGCAGGUGUGUGUGACGAGUGUGGCGGUCAUGUCAGGUACCUCCCCCAGCAAAUCGGCCUGAAAAACACCUCUGUCAUGGUGGUGGAUCUGCUCGCUCACACAAACUAUACCUUUGAGAUUGAGGCAGUGAAUGGAGUGUCCGACUUGAGCCCAGGAGCCCGGCAGUAUGUGUCUGUAAAUGUAACCACAAAUCAAGCAGCCCCCUCUCCAGUCACCAAUGUGAAAAAGGGGAAGAUAGCUAAGAACAGCAUCUCCUUAUCUUGGCAAGAGCCAGAUCGCCCCAAUGGAAUCAUCCUGGAGUAUGAAAUCAAAUAUUUUGAAAAGGACCAAGAGACCAGCUAUACAAUUAUCAAAUCUAAAGAGACAUCUAUAACUGCAGAGGGCUUGAAACCAGCUUCGGUGUAUGUCUUCCAAAUUCGGGCACGCACGGCCGCAGGCUAUGGUGUCUUCAGUCGAAGAUUUGAGUUUGAAACCAUCCCAGUGUCAGUUGCAGCAUCCAGCGAUCAAAGCCAGAUUCCUAUAAUUGCUGUGUCUGUGACAGUGGGAGUCAUUUUGCUGGCAGUGGUUAUCGGCUUCCUCCUCAGUGGAAGCUGCUGCGAUUGUGGCUGUGGACGGGCUUCUUCCCUGUGCGCUGUUGCCCAUCCAAGCCUCAUAUGGCGGUGUGGUUACAGCAAAGCCAAACAAGACCCGGAAGAGGAAAAGAUGCAUUUUCAUAAUGGGCACAUUAAACUGCCAGGAGUAAGAACUUAUAUUGAUCCACAUACCUAUGAGGACCCCAAUCAAGCUGUCCAUGAAUUUGCCAAGGAGAUAGAAGCUUCAUGCAUCACCAUUGAGAGAGUUAUUGGAGCAGGUGAAUUUGGUGAAGUUUGUAGUGGACGUUUGAAACUUCCAGGAAAGAGAGAAUUACCUGUGGCGAUCAAAACCCUUAAAGUAGGCUAUACUGAGAAACAGCGCAGAGAUUUCCUAGGGGAAGCAAGUAUCAUGGGGCAGUUUGACCAUCCUAACAUCAUUCACUUAGAGGGUGUCGUGACCAAAAGUAAACCGGUGAUGAUCGUGACAGAGUAUAUGGAAAAUGGUUCUUUAGAUACAUUUUUAAAGAAAAAUGACGGGCAGUUCACUGUGAUCCAGCUGGUUGGCAUGCUGAGAGGCAUCGCUGCAGGAAUGAAAUACCUUUCCGACAUGGGCUACGUGCAUAGAGACCUUGCUGCCAGAAACAUCUUAAUCAACAGUAACCUUGUGUGCAAAGUGUCUGACUUUGGGCUUUCCAGGGUCCUGGAAGAUGAUCCUGAGGCAGCCUACACCACAAGGGGAGGCAAAAUUCCAAUCAGAUGGACUGCCCCAGAAGCUAUAGCUUUCCGAAAGUUUACCUCUGCGAGUGAUGUCUGGAGCUAUGGAAUCGUGAUGUGGGAGGUUGUGUCUUAUGGAGAAAGACCCUACUGGGAAAUGACCAACCAAGAUGUGAUUAAAGCCGUAGAGGAAGGCUACCGUCUGCCAAGCCCCAUGGACUGCCCUGCUGCUCUCUACCAAUUAAUGCUGGAUUGCUGGCAGAAAGAUCGAAAUAGCAGGCCUAAGUUCGAAGAAAUUGUCAACAUGUUGGACAAGCUGAUCCGUAACCCAAGUAGCUUGAAGACACUGGUUAAUGCAUCAAGCAGAGUAUCUAAUUUAUUGGCAGAACAUGGCUCACUGGGAUCUGGGGCCUACAGAUCAGUAGGCGAAUGGCUAGAAGCAAUCAAAAUGGGCCGAUAUACAGAGAUUUUCAUGGAAAAUGGAUACAGUUCAAUGGACGCUGUGGCUCAGGUGACCUUGGAGGAUUUGAGACGGCUUGGAGUGACUCUUGUUGGUCACCAGAAGAAGAUUAUGAACAGCCUUCAAGAAAUGAAGGUGCAGCUGGUCAACGGGAUGGUGCCAUUAUAACUUGUUUAUUGUCGCUUCGUCAAGUGAAUGACUCUGCACUUUGUAAACAAGCUCUGAGAUUUAUUUUAACAAAAAACAAAGGGGAAAAAGGGAAAACUCAGUGAUUUCCAAACAUUAAGAGAGCAUUUGUUUCAGCCACAGAAUUUGUAAUCAGUGUUUUACUAAAAUCUCUUUAUCUUCCUCUUGGUGUCUUCAUUUUUCAUGAAGCAAAUAUAACCUGCAUGGAAUAAGAACAUGAAGUUUAAACACUAUCUUGUAUUACAACAACAAAAUCCUUCUCCCUACUUCUACAAAAUUUUAUACAUGAAAUAUAUAACUAUAUAUAGCACCUUUUUAGACUGAAUGAAGGCAGCCCCUUUCAA